AUGCCGUCUACAAGCAGUUCCAGUAUGUCGUUUGGGGGAUUCCGAUCAAUUUUAGGAUUUGGAAACGAUCAUAAUCAAGUUCAUAUGGAGGAGGAGAAGAACGAUUCUAAAUCUCCACUGGAUCGUGAACUUGAAAGGUUCCAAGAACAAACGCAUUCAUUGUUUGUCAAGAAGAUUUCAAGAAGCAUCAAAGCUCUUGACAUAUGUAACGCUGUUCGUGAUGGAAUUGAGAAAGUACGCCUUUGGGGUAAACACUUAGCCAUUGUUUCCAGUGCUUUUGAUUCAAAACAGAGAAACAUGAUAGGUGAAGGCCAGUUUAGGCGUGCAAGAAAAUCAUUAACUGAUCUAGCCAUUGUUAUGCUUGAUGAUCAUAAAGAAUCUGGAUCUGUGUUUUCACAUAGAAACAGAUCUUUUGGGCGUCCAAACAAAGGUAAAGAUCUGAAUCAACGUAAGCAUGGACACUCAAGGUCUCUCUCAUGGAGUGUUCCUAACUCAUGGUCAGCAACUAAACAGCUUCAAUCAAUGUCCAACAGCUUGACUCCAUUUCCACCUCGAGGAAAUGAAAAUGUUGCUGCAAUCCCAUGUCAAGAUCGUGGUCUUUUCAAUUUCUCAAUUCCAAGACAAUUCUCAUGGGGGACUCCAUUGUUCUUCCUUCAAGCUCGGAUUUUAGAUGAAUCAAAGAAACGUGAACGUAAGAACAGCCCUGGGCUUUUAACAGAGAUUCAACAAAUGGAGAAGUCAAUCAACUUCAUCUCAGAUUUAAUUGAUUCUGUUCAUCAGUUUCCAUUGACAGAAGAACAACAGAAAGAAGUGAAAGAUGGAGUUGAAGAGUUAUCUUUGGUUUGUAGCUUGUGUAAGAAUGGAUUAGAUACAUUGGAUUGUAAAUUGAGGGAAGUUUUCAGGAAGAUUAUGUAUUGUAGGACUGAAGCCCUUGGAACGUUCACCACUACAUAA